UCGGUUCGCAACAGCUCGAUAGAACUACGACAAGAAACAAAAUACAUAUAAUUGUUGUUGCGUACUGUGUUUGUGAUUGAUUCAUUGAAAACAUUCAAACUUCAUUUCAAUUUUCGGUAAAUCGCCUGCUUAAAUUUGUGUUGUUGCCACCAGUGUUUUUGUUGUUGUCACUGUAAUCGAACUAGCUUCGCGUUGAUCAAAGUUCACGUAAAUCAUUUGCUUGUUUUGAUAGUUUAUAUCAAAUUUAAACAAAUUUAAAGAUGACCCGUCAUGCUCGCAACUGCACCGCCGGAGCCGUUUACACUUACAAUGAGAAGAAGCGGGACGCCGCCGAGUCCGGGUACGGAACAAAUGCGCAGCGCCUGGGCAAAGACUCUGUGAAGUCGUUCGACUGCUGCUCGCUGACGCUGCAGCCGUGCCGCAACCCUGUCAUUACCAAGCAGGGGUACCUGUUCGACAAGGAGGCGAUCCUGCAGUACAUCGUCACCAAGAAAAACGAAUACAGCCGCAAGCUGAAGGAGUACGAGCGCCUGCGACGGGUCGAGGAGGAGGAGAUCACCCAGGUGGCCAAUUGCAAGCAGCAGGCCCGCAUGGAGCGAUUCGUCAACUCCGAGAAGCCAACCACAACGCCUGCCCACAAGUCCAGCCCAGUCGAGCAGCCCUCCCUAUCCACGGCCAGCACUUCGGCAGCGGCCAUAGCCGCCUCAGCUACCGGAUCCAUUUCGAACAUGGCCAACGGGAACCAGAAGAAGCUUCCCGCCUUCUGGCUGCCGUCCGAGUGCCCCAAUGCCGGGGCAGCCAAGGCUAAGAAGCCCGAUGCGACCAUUUACUGUCCCGUCUCCUCACAACCGCUUAAGGUGAAGGACCUGUUUGACGUGAAAUUCACUCCGAUCAAGGAUGGCGACGCAAAGAAGUCUCUGAUUGCCAAGGAAGUGCGCUACAUGUGUCCCAUUACCCACGACGCGCUCAGCAACGCAGUGCCCUGUGCCGUCCUGAGGCCGACUGGCGAUGUCGUGACACUGGAAUGCGUGGAUAAACUGAUCCGGAAGGACAUGAUUCACCCACUCACCGAUCGCAAGCUCAAGGAAAAAGACAUUAUUCCCCUGCAACGCGGCGGCACUGGCUAUGCAACUACCAACGACAAGCUGUCGGCCAAGGAGCAGCGACCCAUGUUGCAGGUCUAAGAACUUGUCUACUCAAAAAUCAAACCUAAAACACGUUAAAUGGUCAUCAUUUUCUGGAGUUCUUGCCUCAGGAUUCACAAUAAUAACUUACAUUUACAUAUAUACAGAUAUGUAUGUAUGUAUGCUCACGCGAUUUGAGUUUCCUGAAAGCAUUUCGGAUCAUAUCUUCGAACUGCUUUUUCUUGAAGUACUCCCCACAUACACCACAUUUUAGCAAUGCAGUAAUUAUUCCUUCUGACAACAUCUUCGAGUUAGUUAAGUAAGUUAAUUUAGCUUUAAGCACACACAUUUGAAUUUUCUUUACUUAUUCAGCAAAUAAAGAAAGCAACAAUUAAUAUUCCUAUGU